AUGGAAAAACAUCCAGACGAGGAUUCCUCGCCAUUUGAGUCUUCCUCCCACUACAAAAGCGAAGACGAACAAGAUCAAAGCCAAUUGCCCGUUCAAAGAAUCCGCACCCAGGACUUCACCAGUGUCGAAACCCUCCAUGUCCCACCCAACAUUCGUGAAUCGGUCAGCACCGAAACCCUAACUCCCCACGAUGCCUCACCCAAAAAGAGCCCCGAAUGGAGCAUGACACCCCAAGUCAUCCGGAAUGCAGAGCGUGAUGCCGCUGCUGGCUUCAAAAGACGUGAACUCGGCGUCACAUGGAAGGACCUGACAGUGGAAGUUCUUGCUGCCGAAGCUGCCGUGAACGAAAACAUGAUCUCCCAAUUCAACAUCCCCCAAUUAAUCAAGGACUUCCGUCGGAAACCACCUGUCAAACCCAUCCUGUCGGAAAGCCAUGGCUGUGUCAAGCCCGGUGAAAUGCUGCUGGUGCUUGGCCGUCCUGGUUCAGGAUGUACCACCUUGCUCAAAAUGCUGUCUAAUCGUCGUGAAGGAUAUCAUUCCGUGUCAGGAGACGUGCGAUUUGGAAACAUGACCGCCAAGGAAGCCGACAAAUAUCAUGGCCAGAUUGUCAUGAACACCGAAGAAGAAUUAUUCUACCCUCGCUUGACAGUCGGUCAAACCAUGGACUUCGCCACCAGAAUGAAGGUCCCCUUCCAUCUCCCAGAAGGCACUCAAAACGCCACCGACUACACGGCGGAAACAAAACAAUUCCUUCUCGAGUCUAUGGGCAUUGCCCAUACGGCCGAUACAAAGGUUGGAAAUGAAUUUGUCCGUGGUGUGUCUGGUGGUGAGCGGAAACGAGUGUCGAUUAUUGAGUGUCUAGCGACUCGAGGAUCUGUUUAUUCUUGGGAUAACAGUACUCGUGGUCUAGAUGCCAGUACAGCAUUGGAGUGGGCAAAGGCAUUGCGUGCUAUGACUGAUGUCCUUGGUUUGUCUACCAUUGUCACGCUAUAUCAAGCUGGAAAUGGAAUCUAUAAUCUAUUCGACAAGGUCCUCGUUCUUGACGAGGGCAAGCAGAUCUAUUAUGGACCUGCUGCGGCUGCAAAGCCUUUCAUGGAGGAUCUGGGAUUUGUGUAUACCGAUGGUGCCAACGUUGGCGACUUCCUCACUGGCUUGACUGUCCCUACCGAGAGAAAGAUCAAACCCGGCUUCGAGCAUAAAUUCCCCCGAAACGCGGACGCAAUUCUCGCCGAGUAUCAAAAGUCAGGGACUUACCAGCAGAUGGUAGCAGCCUAUGACUACCCUGAUACAGAGACCAGUCGUGAGCGCACCGACGCCUUCAAAGAGUCGGUUGCCUGGGAGAAGUCCAACCACCUUCCCAAGGGAAGCAGUCUGACCACCAGCUUCUGGGCCCAGGUCAACGCUUGUACCAAGCGACAAUAUCAGAUCCUGUGGGGUGAGAAGUCCACCUUCUUGAUCAAACAGGUUCUCUCGUGUGUGGCAGCCCUAAUUGCAGGAUCCUGCUUCUAUAACUCCCCCGACACCUCGCAGGGUCUCUUCACCAAGGGAGGUGCUGUCUUCUUCUCGUUGUUGUAUAACUGCAUUGUGGCCAUGUCUGAGGUCACUGAGUCGUUCAAGGGUCGCCCGGUCUUGAUCAAACACAAGGGCUUUGCGAUGUAUCACCCUGCGGCAUUUUGUCUCUCGCAGAUUACAGCUGAUUUCCCCGUCUUGUUGUUCCAAUGCUCCAUCUUCUCGGUUGUGAUCUAUUGGAUGUCUGGACUGAAACACACCGCUGCUGCCUUCUUCACCUUUUGGAUUAUUUUGUUUACAACAACCUUGUGUAUUACCGCAUUGUUCAGAUUCAUCGGUGCCGCAUUCAGUAGCUUUGAAGCAGCCUCCAAGAUCUCCGGAACGGCAGUCAAAGGUAUUGUCAUGUAUGCCGGUUACAUGAUCCCAAAGCCAAAGAUGAAGAAUUGGUUCCUUGAACUAUACUACACCAACCCCUUCGCCUAUGCCUUCCAAGCCGCCAUGUCUAACGAAUUCCACGACCGCCACAUUCCCUGCGUUGGGAACAAUCUCAUUCCCAGUGGCGCCGGCUACGAAGAUGUGGGUUCAGCCAACAAGGCUUGUGCCGGCGUGGGUGGUGCUCUGCCGGGCGCCGACUUCGUGACUGGUGAUCAGUAUCUCGGAUCUCUUCACUACAAGGCGAGUCAGAUGUGGCGCAACUUUGGUGUUGUCUGGGGAUGGUGGGCAUUCUUUGCCGGAUUGACCAUCAUAUGCACCUGUUAUUGGAAGGCUGGAGCUGGUUCUGGUGCUGCUCUUCUGAUUCCCCGCGAGAAAUUGAAGAACCACCAAGCUGUUCGAUCCGAUGAAGAAGCCCAGAGGGAGAAGACGACUGCCCAUGAGACUACCGACGAGCCUGUUGAAGUUGAUGACAAUCUUUCCCGGAAUACCUCUAUCUUCACCUGGAGAAAUCUUACCUACACUGUCAAGACUCCUACUGGUGAUCGUGUGUUAUUGGACAACAUCAACGGAUGGGUCAAGCCAGGCAUGCUCGGUGCCCUGAUGGGAUCUUCAGGAGCAGGAAAAACAACUCUGCUUGACGUUCUCGCCCAGCGCAAGACAGACGGUACUAUCAAGGGAUCUAUCAUGGUCGAUGGACGUGCUCUCCCCGUGUCAUUCCAGAGAAUGGCGGGUUAUUGUGAACAAUUGGAUGUUCAUGAGCCCUACGCCACUGUGAGAGAGGCACUCGAGUUCUCUGCUCUUCUGCGCCAGUCUCGCAAUACCCCCCGAGCCGAGAAGUUGAAGUAUGUUGACACUAUUAUCGAUCUUCUCGAGCUUCAUGACUUGGCGGAUACCCUGAUUGGUACCGUUGGUAAUGGACUGAGUGUCGAGCAAAGAAAGCGUGUUACCAUUGGUGUGGAGCUCGUGUCGAAGCCUAGCAUUCUGAUCUUUUUGGAUGAGCCUACGUCUGGUUUGGAUGGACAGUCGGCUUACAACACUGUCCGAUUCCUUCGCAAGUUGGCUGACGUUGGCCAAGCAGUCUUGGUCACCAUUCAUCAACCCUCGGCACAGCUUUUCGCUCAAUUCGAUACCUUGCUUCUCCUUGCCAAGGGUGGAAAGACGGUCUACUUCGGUGACAUUGGCGACAAUGCGGCUACGGUGAAGCAGUACUUUGGCCAAUAUGGAGCUCAAUGUCCCACUGAUGCCAACGCGGCUGAAUUCAUGAUCGACGUGGUUACUGGCGGUAUCGAGUCUGUGAAAGACAAGGACUGGCACCAGAUCUGGCUCGACUCCCCGGAACAGACUCGCAUGAUCACGGAUUUGGACAACAUGAUCUCUGAUGCUGCCGCCAAGCCACCCGGCACAGUUGACGAUGGAUUCGAGUUCUCGAUGCCCCUCUGGGAACAGACCAAGAUCGUCACUCACCGUAUGAAUGUGGCACUCUUCCGCAACACCAACUAUGUCAACAACAAGUUCUCCCUUCAUAUCAUCUCGGCCCUUCUCAAUGGUUUCUCCUUCUGGCGUCCCGGUCCCAGUGUAACCGCAUUGAACCUGAAAAUGUUCACGAUCUUCAACUUCGUCUUCGUCGCCCCCGGUGUCAUCAACCAGCUCCAGCCUUUAUUCAUCCAGCGCCGUGAUAUCUACGACACCCGCGAGAAGAAAUCCAAGAUGUAUUCCUGGGUCGCCUUUGUCACUGGCCUCAUCGUUUCUGAAUUCCCCUACCUCUGCAUCUGCGCCGUCCUCUACUUCGCCUGCUGGUACUACCCCGUCUGGCGACUCCCCCACGACUCCGACCGAUCAGGAGCCAUUUUCUUUAUCAUGUUGAUCUACGAGCUGAUCUACACGGGUAUCGGCCAAUUCAUCGCCGCCUACUCGCCCAACCCCACCUUCGCCGCCCUAGUCAACCCCCUCAUCAUCAGUAUCCUAGUCCUCUUCUGCGGCGUGUUCGUCCCUUACGAGCAAUUGAGCGUCUUCUGGCGAUUCUGGAUGUACUACCUCAACCCAUUCAACUACGUUGUCUCAGGCAUGUUGACAUUCGGUAUCUGGGGUGCCAAGGUAACCUGCAACGAGGGUGAAUUCGCCCUCUUCGACCCGACCAAUGGUACCUGUGCCGAGUACCUGUCUGAUUAUAUUGCUGGCGAUGGUUGGAGAAUCAACCUCCUCAACCCAGAGGCUACCUCUGCUUGCAAGGUCUGUCCCUAUCGGGAUGGCAGUGACUUCCUUUCCACUCUCCACAUUGAUCAUUACUAUGUCGGCUGGAGAGAUGCGGGUAUUUCAGUCAUCUUCGCUAUUAGUGGAUACGCUUUGGUGUUUGGCUUGAUGAAGCUGAGGACUAAGGCUUCCAAGAAGGCUGAAACAAUUGACCUGAGUCACCUUAAUAAGCACAGAGCCGCAGGGCUGAAACACGGGGGCCGGGGGCCAUUAUGUGUCAAGAGGGGAACCCCUUCUUCUGUUUUCUCCUUUCGCAACACUUUUUGGUUUGUCAUUUGUUGGCUUUUCGCUUUUCGCUGUUGGAUUUGGCUUUGA